AUGCUGGCCUAUGACUCUGCUCCAGCGGUGGUUCUGGACAAUGGCACUGGCUGCUUGAAGGUGGGCUUCGCGGGAGAGGCGCGGCCUCUCCACACUCUGAACUCCUGCGUGGGCCAAGUCCGCGAGCGACAGAACCAAGGCAUGCUGUUGUACGGCGACGAUGUUUUGCUUUCUUCGAACUACUUUUGUCUGAGGCCCUCAGCCUCUGCCUCCUCAGCGCCUUCGCCGCUCUUCUCCGACGUCGAGAUGCUUCGCGACCUCUGGGAAGUUCUCUUCUCCCACAAGCGAUACAUGAACCUGUCGGCCGCGCAGAUCGCCGAGAAAGGCGUCAUCGUCACCGAGCCGUUCCUCGCGCCGCCGGGCGUCCGACAUGCCCUUAGCGAAGUCCUCUUCGAAGACUUUCAGUUCAAGCAGGUCCUUUUCGUCCCCGCGCAACAGGCCGUCCCCUUCGCCUUCCUCAGCGGACCCAUCGAAGAAGAAGAGGACGGAGGGGAGAACUUCUUGUGCAGAGACACGGGCGACUCGCCGGAUGCUCCACUGGGUGUACGUACCUCCCAGAAACCGGGGAGACAGCCCCUCGCCCCCGACGUCGUGAGGUGGUACAGAGGGCCGAGACUGGAGACAGAGAGGGCAGAGAGAGGCAGUCGAGGCUUCGAGGGACACUCAGGACUUGAGGAAAAGCGAGAAAGUGAGGGACAGGGACAGGUGGGUUCGCAGACCAACGGGCGUCGCCCUAUAGUCGGAGAAGUCCAGAGGGACGCCGGACGGAAACCUGCGAGCGGGGGACCGCGGAGACGCAAGAGCGACUUUCGCGACGAAGCCUCAAUGCGACUCGGCGUGAAGUCUGCGAGUCUCCUUUCCUCUUCGUCGUCUCUGUCUGGCGCUUCUUUCUCCGACUUCUCAAGUUCUCCAGAAAACUCGGUUUUCAAAGGAAAGCUGUGCGGCCUCGUGGUGGAUGUCGGCUUCAGCGGCUCGAUGGUGGUGCCGUACAUGGACCUGCAGCCUGUCGAGAGAGCGGCGCUCCGGACCUCUGUCGGGGGGAAUUUGUUGACGACUGUUCUGAAAAACUUGUGUGGAUUCCGAUCUCUCAACCUCGAGAGGAACGAACUUCUUGUCCAGCGGAUGAAAGAGACGAGUUGCUUUGUGUCGAGACACUUCGACGCUCAACUGGAGAGAGCGCGGAGAGAAGCGACGGUCGCAGGUGGGGGGGCGCCUUGCCUCGAGCGCUCUCACCUCUUCAAGGAAGUCGUUCUGCCCGAGUACGGACCCGGAGCCUCGAAUGCAGCAAUUCUCUCAUUCUUCAAGGCGCCUCUCUCUGAGAACGAGACCCAAGUGGAGACGAGCGACUCUGUCUCAAGCGUUUCUGCCCAGGGCGCUUCUCCAGGUGGUGGAAGUUCGAAGGAAGAACGAACGGUUCGACUCUGCACAGAGCGCAUCUCUGUCCCAGAAGUCCUUUUUCAUCCUCCCGACGUCGGAAGCUCAGAGUGCGGCAUCGUCGAACUGAUUCAGCGCUCGAUUUCUCUCCUACCGCGAGAGUUGCAGCCUUUCGCAUGCAGCGAAAUCCUCCUCGUCGGCGGAUCGUCUCAGUUCCCAGGUUUGCGCCAGCGCCUUUGGCAAGAACUCCGCGCUGUUCUCCCUGAGCACUGGGACGUGAACAUCUACACUGAGGCGGAGCCGCAGUUCUCAGUCUGGAGAGGCGCCAGUUGUUCAUACGCAGAUCGAGCUCUUUUCGAUUUAAACGCUGUGACGAGAGAACAAUUCAGCGAAGCCGGAACUCCUCUCUGUCGCUCCAAUGGCAAACACACAGGUCGAGGUGCUCUGGACGGAGGCCUUUACUAGAAGAGCAGCGAGAGUUUCAGCUUCGAGAACGGUUGCGAACCAAGCGGGGAGACAAGGAAGAGAACUAGGGAGGCACCGGGCACAGAAGUCGAAAGUGAGACUUCAGAUGAAGUUUCCAUGAGACGAACGUAUUUCCAAAGGGUGAGAUGGAGACUCUUGUCGACCUAUGGGCAGCUUGAAUGCAGAUGGUACACAUGAAUUGGCUGUUCAGUUCGUGGACAGUCUUGGAAAGUUCACUGAGUUCCGACAGAACGGAACUGAGCCUUGGAUCUAAAAACAUAUAUAUAUAUAUAUAGAGAGAGAGAGAUGCAUAUAUAUAAAUAUAUAUGUAUAUGCAUGUGUCUUUGAAUAAAUAUUAACAUAUAUAUAUAUAUAUAUAUAUAUAUAUAUAUGAUGUUUUUUGGAUGAAGGACACGGGGUGGGCGUCUUUUGAUAGUUGUGUCGGU